UAAUAUAACAUUGAAUAAAAUGUUAUUGUCUAUACAACACCCAUAUCAUCAUCGACAUUUAAAUGAGCUUGUUGUUCAAGUCUUAGAAACAUGCCCAGAUUUGCUACAGCAUUAUCUCCCAUGUUACCAGCACUCUCUGUCACCCAGACUCUCUGUAGAAUGGAUACGAUGUAUGGAUUUUUUCCUAGAGAUUUAUGAGAAGCAGCCAUCUGUACCAUCAAGAGUUGUCUGGGAGAAUAUGCCAGUUACUAAACUUGUUACUAUGACUACAGCUUUCAUUUUACCACCAGACCUUUUGAUGAAACCAUUAGCCUCUGCUCUUAAGAAUGAGUCCAUGUUAGUUCGUCAUAAAAUAAUGGAGUUGUAUCGUCUGAUCAUGGGGCGAUGUUUAUCUUACAUAGAAUAUAUAGAGAAUCAGAAACAAACAAAUACUCACGUACCAUGGCAAGAAAUCAUUGAUAGACUCAAGGAGCUUGUAUUAAAGAGUGUUCCGAGUAUUAAUGUUAUUAUCAACUGUUGGAACUUGACCUUGAAACCCAAAUCAUCAGACAAUCAAUCAGAUAAACAAGAUUCAGUUUAUCCGGUUGUCACGACAGCAGAACAUCUGAGUUUAUUGGAACAAUUUCUAUGUUUAAACCAGCAGCUGGUUCCUGGAAUUCUACUUGAUCACCCGGCUCUACUUACUGCACUACUUGAUGGUGUUGCCAAGGUAACAGGCGCCUCAGCAGACAUAGACGAAGAGGAAGAGAAUAUUUCACACUUGCAGUUUUAUUUGUUGAAAAUAUUUUCUGAAGCAGACGCUAGAUUGUUACCAUGGAAGAAGGAGAGUAAAGAUGGAGUCAGCUUAAUGCAUCAGUUGCUAGGCAUGUUGACCAGACCGUCGAGACUUCUACCUAUAACUCGACAGUUGAUCUGUAAGCUACUAAAGAGAACUGGUUUGUUUGAAGAUGACAGUAACGAACUUACAAUAUGGCUGAAACAUCUUGUCCCUAGCAACCAAACAGUAUCAUCAGAGUUACCUUUCCUUGCUAGAAUAUUAAACCUGUAUAUUAGUAACCCGUAUCAUUAUAUAAAUAAACUAACAGAGAUUAUAUCUACUGACCUGCCAUCUAGUGGUGAUUUAGAGACAGCAAGUAUUGGAUCAACAGAUAGUGUAAUUGAUGCUAUAUUAGAACUAGAUGAUGAUGGUUUAUCUUCACUGGAGAAAACUGAGGAAGAAAUUAAUUUAGACAAUGACUCCAACAACAGGUUGCCAUUUAGUCCAAUGAUUAUUGUUGCCAUGGAGAUAAUAAAGACAAAAGAAUCUAAUUUUGAAGUUAAGGGAAUUAAAGAAUUUGUUAGUCGAGUUCUGGUGGAUAUUUUUCACAUACAAGUGGAAGUUGAUUCGCUGCGUAUGGUGAUAGAUUAUUAUGGAGAGCAUUUAAAGGAAGACAACUCUGUGAACUACAUCAAAACAUUUACUGUUGCUCAUCAGGGAAAAUCAGAUAGUAAUUCUGUAUCUAGUAUGUUGAUGUCACUUCCCGUAUCGAAGGAUGUGUUAACAGAGUCGUAUGAAGAGAGAAUAAAAGAAGGAUUGGUUUCUAUGGAAACUGAAGAUGUUGUGUUGCUAUGUCAACAGAUAUUGUUGUAUAUCCGGGAAGCUGUUGAUCAGUUUAACAAUAAUAAGAAAGACAAUGAGAAAAGGUUGAAAUUUUAUUUCAGAGUAUUACAAAGCAUUAUUUCGCAAGUAGAUAGCAAAAUGGCUGAAGAUGAGAAAACAGAAAAUAUUGACAAGGAACAUGUUCUGUUGCUAGGCAGUAGUCACUACAGUAAGAUGGACCAGAAAAAACAAAUUUUGAAAUCUAUUUUGAAGAACACAACACUUCAGAAACUUUUCCUGUAUACAAAGGAUUCAGGAUUAUUUGGUGGUGUGGAUGAAUCUGCACGUGUGUUGAGUGCUUAUAUUACUACGCCACUAUUAGAGAUUAUUAAAACAAAUGCCCAAAUGUUUGAUACAGCAGAAAUGAAAAGUUUGCUGUUUAUCUACGCUGACAGUAUACUGGAGAAAAUUAGUUCUGUGGGGGGACAAUUGGACAAGAGUUUGAUUAUCCAGUGUUUAAAAUCAUUGGUACCAUAUUUGGAUGAAGAGUACCAGAAACGUUUCUUGACAGUUGUUCUGAAUUUAUCAGAUUCCGUCAUAGUUAACAAGAAGAUGAGAGAAAUAACGGAAACAGGAAAUUUAGUUAUUCGACUCUUGUCGGACAUGUUGGAAAAAUCACAGUCAUUAUUUAAAAAACUUUCGCUUGAAAAAGCAUCCAAGUUAUUCAAUUGUUUGGCUCAUUGCGAUGACGACAAUUUAAUUGGUUUGUGUACAGUCAUACUAGAUGCAAAUCCUAGUUUCUCAUUGGCUUGUUCUGAGUCUUUGUGGCGACACCUGUUGGAGAAUUCUAGUGAUAAGAUGGAGGGAGUAAUGUUACGAUUAUUCAACAAUAACUGCGUCUGUCGACAACUGUUUGAAGAGUGGUUGGUUAAUGCGGAUGGAACAACACAGACAAAAUGGUCAAGUAAGAUAAAGAAUAGUAUAGAAGUUAUAUCAACCGUUUACGGAACAAAUCUACCUAAAAUAACCAAUAUCCACGAUAGCAAGGAACUAGAAAUAAUACAACAAUUGGUCCUUAAGAACAGAUAUAGUAAAAAAGAAAUGGUAAAAAUGUGGAAGUCCGUGACGUCUGCUGUUGAAGAUUCACUUCUGCUAAAAUCGGAUCAUACAAAACUUCUCCAAGCAUUAUAUACACAGUUAGUUACCAUAGAAACAUCCUACAGGGAGAAAUUAGUUAUACUCUGUAUGCAGAUGCUGGUUAAUCAUGUAUCAAAGAAGUCAAGUGAUGAAAACAUGAAAUACUCCCUACUGAACAUGAUCACAGAUAAUUUGAAGUUUUGUAAAUCAGAAGAAUUGUCAACAACUUUAUCUGAAAUGUGGCUAAAAUUCAUCAAAACCUGUUUAAAGUCCAUGUAUUUAGAGCCUAAACUACUAAACAUUAUAUUUGGCUGUUUACCUUUUGUAUAUGGUGAAUCAUGUGACCAUUCUCUGCCAAUCAAAUCACUGUAUGAGAUGGUGAUGAGCCAUUCUAAAUUUCUAUUGGUUAUGUUUGGUGAAUACUCUACAGAUAUUAAAGAAACUUUGAUUAAUCUGUUGCUGGAUAUAGCCCAACGAUCACAUGACUGUCAAGAUUCUGCCCAUAUAAGGAUAUUCUUGGGAGCCUAUGGCGCCUCUCUUUCCAUUUCAGAUCAGAUGUUAUUAAAGUUGAUAUAUUUAUAUGAAUCAAGAUCUGCUGAUGUCAUUCAAUAUAAACCAUUUCUUUGGGGUCAAAAAGCUCUUGAUUUUUAUUCUUCAUCGAAAUAUCAGACGCCUUCAGUUCUCAGGGAAACCAAGAUGGCUGACAUGCUGGAAUGUUUGGACGAAUCCCGUCUGCACAGAACUGUUGUUAAUUUUCCCAUUCAUAGAAAACUGAACCCAGUAGAAGUGAAGCGGGCUGUAGAAUAUAAAUCUGAUGAAGAAUGUUAUGAUCCAUGUUUUUUAUUACCUGUCUUUAACCAGUUACUACAAUCAGAUAUAGUUGUCAAUAGUAAACAGUUUAUUACCUCCAACUGUUUGUCCCUUGUGUUUGCUGGCUUGAGUAGUUACGCUACCAACAUACGAAAGGUGGCUUAUCUUAUCUUGAAGAAAUUCUACGAUGUUUUGAAAAAGGCCCAGUUUGCGGAGGCAGAAGAGCUGUUAUAUGUUUUUGAUUUGUUAAGUCGAAGUAUCGAAACAUCGAAUAUGAAGUUAUGUACGGUUAUAACUAGUUAUUUGUCCAGAAUAACCAAGUUACUUGUUACUCCAGAGAACCACAUGUAUCGUAAGCUGACAACAUUUUUGUUAACGAAGCCUACAAUAGAAUUUGAUCGUGUUCCUGGUUUUUAUCGUUUCUUCAACAGUACUGAAUUAGAUCAUCAUCAAGAGCGAAUCUGGAUUUUAUCAUUAAUGGCUGAUGGAUUGAGAACAAAUGAAGAUUAUAUGAUUUAUGGUCAUCUGUAUUGUUUUAAAUUAUUAGAAAGUUAUUUUACAAGUUCUGUUAGUGAUGCACAUAGUCAGAGUUUGAUAUUAGGUAUUAUAAAGGCAGCUAGUUUAGAUGUAGAGAAUGUUGUUAUGAUGUAUGAAAGAAACAGUGUAUUAACCUGGAUUCUAACAGUUAUAAAAAAUAUGAAAGUGAGUUCCAUCCAUCUUGAAUCUAUCUGUGAUAUUUUAUUCAACAUGUGGUUUUCUGUGUUCAAUGAUUUACCUACUGAUGUUAAAGAACCAAAUUAUUUCCCCUUGGAGUUUAUACAUCAGAUUAUCCAGUGUCUUAAAUUAUUAUUAACAAAAUUUGGGCCAGAUGACUCACCAGCUUUUAACAAAAUUCUCAGAAUAUUUUCAUCAUCAUUGCACCAACUGUCCUUAGCAAUAAAUACCCUGAGCAACCAAGGUCAAAAGAUUACCAUAGAAACUUUUACUCUUAGAGACACAAGUCUUGUUUUAAUGCUGAUUGGAAAAUAUCAAAAUAAUGCCAAAUUAUCCAGACAGGCAGAACAAAUUCUAAAUGAACUUGGUUUGGAUACAAAAUCACAGUUAUCCAGUCACCAGAAAACAACUUAUAAAUCUGAGAGGCAGAAACUGAAGGAAAGUGGUGAUUAUGAUAGAAAGGAUAAUCAAAUUGACCAGACCAACCAGACUGUUGUCAAGGAAACAGGUGACAGACUUGACAACAACCUUGACCUUAGUGCUAAAUCUCCAAAAUUUGUCCAUAACCAGAUUGAUGUGGUUGAAAUUUUAUUAUCUUGGAAUCCUGCAUCGGAUUCUUCAACACUUGAUGCUACAGCCACUGGUUUUCUUAGUGCUUUGACAUAUUGCCUUGAUGUCUGCUCAGGGGUCAAGGACAUCCUAUUAAAGGUUAAGGUUAUGAAGUGGGCAAGCUAUGUUAUUCUUUCUGGAAGCGAUUUAGCCAGGAAAUGUGCUGAAAUAAUUAUUAAAGAAAAUGACUUUAACACGAAAAUAGUAGGUCAGUGUUUAAAUAUGUAUUCUAAUGGAUUUACGGCUGAACAUCUGGAAGAGAAAAUGGAGGAUAGUGAUAGAGUUGCUGAGAUCCGAGACAAUACUCCUGCUGUCUUAAUAAGAGAGUUAAACAGUGUUCUCUUAGUGUUAAUUGACCAAUCAGUUAAAAGCACAGAUAGAAAAUCAGAAUGGAGAAAAGGUUUGAAGAUUAUAAAGACAUUGAACAAUACAGAUGAAAUGGAGCAGAUGAAAUCUGUUUAUAUUCAGGAAUAUUUCUUGGAUUCAAAGACAUCUGAAAUAUUCAAUAAACUGUACAUGGGUAAAAAAGGUGUGUCAACGACUUCACCAGGUGUUGAUGAUGUUACCAUGGAAACAGAUGUGGACAGUGAUGAAGACUCUAGUAACACCCAUAAAAUGAAUUCUUGUAAACUUAAAACACCAAAUUCAAGUAAAAUGCCAAAAGUAACUCCAAAAUCAAGUGAUGCCAAAUCUAGUAAGGCUACAGAAACACCCAAUUCUAGUAAAACACCUAAAUCUACACCCAAGUCAAGUAUUUCUAGUAAAACACCUAAAUCUACAACCAAGACAAGUAGUACUAGCAAAACACCUAAAUCUACACCCAAGACAAGCAGUACUAAUAAAACCCCUAAAUCGACACCCAAGUCAAGCAGUACUAAUAAAACCCCUAAAUCGACACCCAAGACAAGCAGUACUAAUAAAACCCCUAAAUCGACACCCAAGACAAGCAGUACUAAUAAAACCCCUAAAUCGACACCCAAGUCAAGCAGUACUAAUAAAACCCCUAAAUCGACACCCAAGACAAGCAGUACUAAUAAAACCCCUAAAUCGACACCCAAGUCAAGCAGUGCUAAUAAAACCCCUAAAUCGACACCCAACACAAGCAGUACUCAUAAAACCCCCAAGUCAUCUGUUAUGAAAAUGAAACAAUCCUGAUAAUAAAUGCAUUAUUACUUGUCAUGUUUUUGAUGUACAUUUUUUUAAAGGAUGAAAGAUAAAUAUGUCAGAGAAAUUAGAAAAAAAAAAAAAAUCAUGUAUUAAAAAGAUAUGACUUGGUGUUGUUUUUUUGUCAUCAGAGCUUUUCACUAGGAAAAAAUGGAGAACCAAGUAGUUUAUCACUGAGGUAAUAAAGGGCAUGACUUGGGUAAAAUACAGGGUAUCA